GAAGGCUUAUAGAUAUGCAGUUGCAGGACCUAUAUAGAUUUGUUUACAUUCAUCCUUAGAUUUGGCCCAGUCACUUCUUCUUCUUCUGCUACCAACACUAAAUUACUUAUUUAGCAAUAAAUAUUUCUUCUAAAUGGUGGGGUGGGAGUGGCAAGGCUAGAGACAAUUUUCUCUUGUUUUGGUGAAGGAGUGAGUGAGUGAGGGAGUCUUGUGUGAGAGAAAAAAAUGAAGGGCAUGGAAAAUGAUGACACUGUUGACGUUAACAAUCAAAAUAAUUGGUUGGGUUUCUCACUUUCUCCUCAAAUCAAUAUAGGUGUUCCUUCACACACUCAUCAGUCACAACCUUCAUCUGCUGCUGCUGCUGCUGCUGCUGAAGUUGUUCCCACAAGCUUUUACCACUCUGCUCCUCUUAAUAACUAUGCCUUCUACUAUGGACUUGAAGCUGAGAAUGUUGGGUUGUAUUCAGCACUGCCUAUUAUGCCUCUCAAAUCUGAUGGCUCUCUCUUUGGAAUGGACGCUCUGAGUAGGUCACAAGCACAAGCAAUGGCUACUUCUUCAACGCCAAAACUGGAGAAUUUCUUAGGAGGGGAAGCGAUGGGGACCCCUCACUAUGAAUGUAGUGCCACUGAAACAAUGCCUCUUAGCUUAGAUAGUUUUUACCAAAACCAUGUCCAACAACACAUUAACACCCAACAACAACAACAUCAACAGCAAGAGCUUCAAGCCCAACACUUGUCAUAUUACUCCACCUUGAGAAACCAUGAUGUAAUGUUAGAGGGGUCAAAGCAAAGUCAAACUUCAGAUAGCAAUGUUCAGGUCCCAAACAUGGGUGAGGAUGGAGUUCCUGGUCUUAAGAGCUGGGUGGUGAGAAACUUCGCAGCUAGCCAUGCACAGGAGUCAAAGAUGAUUGUUGCUGUGGAGGAAAAUGGAGGUGAAUCAGGGUCCAUUGGAUCAAUGGCAUAUGGGGAUUUGCAGUCUUUAAGCUUGUCCAUGAGUCCUAGUUCACAGUCAAGCUGUGUUACAAGUUCACAACGUGCAUCACCUGCUGUCAUUGAUUCUGUUGCCAUGGAUACAAAGAAAAGAGGACCUGAAAAGGUUGACCAGAAGCAAAUUGUUCAUAGGAAAUCCAUUGACACUUUUGGACAAAGAACAUCACAAUAUAGAGGUGUAACAAGGCACAGGUGGACUGGUAGAUAUGAAGCUCAUCUAUGGGACAACAGCUGCAAGAAAGAGGGCCAAAGCAGAAAAGGAAGACAAGGGGGUUAUGAUAUGGAAGAAAAAGCUGCGAGAGCUUAUGAUCUGGCCGCACUCAAGUAUUGGGGUCCCUCCACUCACAUAAACUUCCCUUUGGAGAAUUAUCAAAACGAACUUGAGCAAAUGAAGAACAUGACCAGACAGGAAUAUGUGGCUCAUUUAAGAAGAAAAAGCAGUGGAUUCUCAAGAGGGGCUUCCAUGUACAGAGGAGUAACAAGCAGACACCACCAACAUGGAAGGUGGCAGGCUCGAAUUGGUAGGGUGGCUGGAAAUAAAGAUCUAUAUCUUGGAACCUUUAGUACCCAAGAGGAAGCAGCUGAAGCCUAUGAUAUUGCUGCUAUAAAAUUCCGGGGAGUCAAUGCUGUGACCAACUUUGAUAUAACAAAAUAUGAUGUAGAGAAAAUUAUGGCGAGUAGUAACCUUCUUAGCAGUGAACUAGCUAGGCGGAACAAGGAGACAGAUGGUGGAACUCAGUAUAUUGAUCACCAGCCUUCUGCAUAUGAUGACACUCAAGAAGCCAUUCUAAUGCAGAAGAGUAGUGAGAGUCAAUCAGAUCAGUGGAAGAUGGUUCUCUAUCAAUCCCCUCAACAACUUGACCUCCAGAACCCACCAAGAAUUGAGACUCAGAGAGGCAACCAGUCCUUCUCAGUUGUGGGUUUAGACAACAUUUUUCAUCAAGAAGUAGAGGAAUCAAGUAAGAUGAGGACACAUGUAUCAAAUCCUUCUUCAUUGGCCACAAGUUUGAGCAGCUCAAGAGAAGGUAGCCCAGAUAGAACAAGCUUGCCAAUGCUCUCUGGAAUGCCUUCAACAGCAUCCAAACUAUUGGCUACUAAUCCAAAUAGUAACAUGAAUUCUUGGGAUCCAUCACCCCAUUUGAGGCCUGCACUUUCUUUGCCUCAUAUGCCAGUUUUUGCUGCUUGGACAGAUGCAUAGUUCAUAGUCCUUUUUUUUUUUUUUCUCUCAAGUAAAAUUUCAAUCCUUUUUUUUUUCUUUUUGCAUGCAUGGACAAUACGAGAGAAAGGUUUUAGCUAGUAAAAUUGAGGGUUUAAAUAUUAUCCGCAAGUUUAAACUUACAUUUUACUAGUGAAGAACUGUUAAAUUUCCAUAUCCUUACAGCCCGAUUUUGAAGAUUCAUUGAUAGAAACGGAAGAGAAGGCUAUAAAAAGGUUAUGAUUGAGAGGGUGAAAUUAUUAAGGCAAUAUUGGGGGGAGACACGAUUCAUGAUUAGUUUCAAUAUUGCUGGUCCUCUUAAGUACAAAACCCAGCUCAGUA